GUAUUACUACUCACUGAGGGACCAGGAAGAACCACUCAAUAUGAAUCUGGGACCAGUCUGAUUUUAGAAGGGACCCUAGACCAAAUCCUUUUCACAGAUGAGGAAAACGAGGAGGGUCUAGUGACUUUGCUGAGAGGCCACAUAGCUUCCAGAGCUUCCCAACAGCAGACUGAAGCCAAGAAGGAGACCUAGGCUUUUGAGUUGAGUGAUUAGACCAGACACCCCCAGCUAUGACCAGUUCCCCUGUAUCUAGAGUUGUCUAUAAUGGCAAAAGGAAUAGUAGCCCCCGGUCUCCGAGCAACAGCAGUGAGAUCUUCACUCCAGCCCAUGAGGAGAACGUUCGCUUCAUUUAUGAAGCAUGGCAAUGUGUGGAACGAGAUCUCCGGAACCAGAUGUCUGGCAGCGAGCGUGGCCUGGUGGAGGAGUAUGUGGAAAAGGUCCCUAACCCCAGCCUGAAGACUUUCAAACCUUUUGACUUGAGUGACCUGAAACGCCGGAACACACAAGAUGCCAAGAAGUCCUAAGGGCAGUGGCCUGGCUGCUCCCUUCCUCCCCAUGGCCUCUGGAAGAUUGACAGUUGCAGAAUUUAUGUUGGUUUUUCUCCCUCUCCUCUGGGCCCAUCUCCCUGGCAGGGCAAGUAAAGAGCCACGCUCAUGUUGGGCUGAGUACCUGCAAGGAUGGACUUGAUUGGCACUCAAGGCCCUCUCUCCCCUGUUCCUCCUUCCUUUUUCUUUAGGGAGGUUCCAAGUUUUUACUGUGACUUGGGGGACUUGGCCCCUGUCGCCACCCAUCCUCUCUUCCUGUACUCUAAACCUAUAAGUCUCUGGAGUUGCCUAGCUCUGUCUGCCGUCCAGGCAGCCUGGAGCCCUCAUUUUCCCUCUUUGGCUUUUAGAUGCCAAGGCAGUUGAGCAUGGCAGCCCUCCCAUCUCUCCCUACACUUCUGAAAUAAGGUGGAAGGAGCAAAGGACAGAUGGGGGGAUGUGGGGCCAGUGCGGGUUGGAUCAAAUUGGUUCUCUAAGGUGGUAAGGUUAAGUAGUGGUAGCUCCAUCCUCCCACGCACAACCUGGUUCUACUGUAGACAUCUGCUACUGCCUCUGUCUUGGGCAAGCUGGGAAGUCUCCAUUUUUCCUUUCCCAGAUGUCCAACUGAGGCCCUUUCCCUGCUUUCUAAACCCUGUUGGCCCCAGGUCCCUCAUACCGGGGUAGCCCUCCAGGACCCAUCCCUUUGGGGUUAUCAGGCAGCCAUGCCAAGUCUCUCCUAGACCAGCAGCCUCUCUCCCUCAGGAGUCCCGUCCCCUGAAGCUCAGCAGCUGCUCUUGUUCCCUGGUCUGUCCUAUUCCCAGCUGGUAGUUUUACUGAGAGGGUUACCAGUAGUUCCCUUUUUUCUUUCUGUUACAGUUCGAGAGCUGAGUUGUUUGCCAUUACUCUGUAGCCUGAGGAGCUGUAAAUAAAGAUGGGGUUAGGCAUUUGGAA